AUGGACUUCGUUCUAAAUACAAUCCAGUGGCUUCGUGAAGUGCCUCGUAACUUUAAAGGAGAAGUCGCAACGGUGGUGUUUGAUGAUUCGGCUGACAUCCUUGUCUACUGCUGUGUUUUAUACAUUCUUCUUGUAUUUAUGGUCCCUGAGCAUAUUAUGAAGAACCGCGAGCCCUUUAAUUUACGCCUGCCUUUUGUCGUUUGGAAUAUUGGCCUUUGUCUCUUUUCCAUCUGCGGGGCGUACAGCUGUGUCAAAAACAUGACCGCUCUUUAUUGGGAACGCGGGUUCUACCGGACAACGUGUUUUUUUGAUUCAAGCGUUGCCUACGAUGGGGAGUUUGCAUUUUGGGUCUUUUAUUUUAUUCUUUCUAAGAUUCCAGAGAUGAUCGACACGGUCUUUCUUGUCUUUCAGAAAAAACCAGUGAUCUUUUUACAUUGGUAUCAUCACUUGACUGUUGCCAUCUUUUGUUGGCAUGCCGGACACGCGCUUAUUCCUAGUGGACUGUGGUUUGCGACUAUGAAUUACUGCGUACAUUCCAUCAUGUACUUUUAUUACUUUAUGUGUGCCUGUGGGAUGCGCAAAGUUAUUCGCCCUAUUGCCCCUUUUAUUACAAUGAUGCAACUUCUUCAAAUGGUGGCAGGGACUCUUAUCGUUUUGUACACAGCCUACCACUCGUACCUGAGUGAGAGUGGUUGCGAGGUGGAUCGCACAAGCAUUCGUCUGGGCCUUGUGAUGUAUGGCAGCUAUUUUUUUCUCUUUGCCGUGCUCUUCGGUAAGCUGUACCUGAAAAAACAGGUGAAGCCGUCUGGUACCGCCAGUGCUUACGCAAUGUCGAAGAAGCGGAAUGGCGAGAAGAUGGCGUAG